GGGUCGGAGCCGCCGCGAUGAGCGCGGCCAUGGCGGGCGCCGGGCAACGCCUGCUGGGCUGGGGGGGCCGCGCCGCCGCCCUGUGCCGCGGGUUCCGCACCGGCCCCCCGAGGCUGCGGGACGCGGCGGGGGCGGCUGCCAAGGAGACGGAGAAGCAGAGCGCGACCGAGCAGAGCUUUUCAGUCCUGCAGAGGAACUCCAUGAGAUGGGAUGGCAAGGUUUACGAAGAAGUCCCGAUAGCUCACAUCAAAGCAACGUACAACAACACACACAUCCAGGUGGUGAGCUUUGACAACCAGCCGUUUUCCCGCACGUCCUGUGGCACAGAGGGCUUCCAGAACGCCAAGAAGGGCACUGCCAUUGCAGCACAGACUGCAGCCAUAGCAGCAGCAGUGAAAGCACGUAUGAAGGGUGUAUUGCACGUGCGAGUCAUGGUCAAAGGACUGGGACCAGGACGCAAAGCUGCCAUCAAGGGGCUGACAAUGGGAGGUUUGGAAGUCAUCUCCAUCACCGACACCACCCCAGUCCCCCACAAUGGCUGCCGCCCACGGAAAGCCAGGAGAUUGUGAGGGCAGUGCAAGGGACACACAGCUUUCAACAUCAGUUCAUCACGGACUGGGCUGAACGUCGCUUCUGUGACGGAUUCUGGAAGACCACCCUCCCUGGAAGUACUUGUUGAGGGAAGCUUGGAGGUAGAAGCUGCUGGUGAAAGCAGGAGUCUGUGUAUUCCCUUAGUGGGAAGCCUCUUGUCUACAAAGUUUGUUGAUUAAAAUGUUGGUCUUUUGACAACCA